CCGAGCUGCCUGACUGGAAUGAGGGUAGCGGCGGCGACUGCGGCGGCGGGAGCGGGACCGGCCAUGGCGGUGUGGACGCGGGCCACCAAAGCGGGGCUGGUGGAGCUGCUGCUGAGAGAGCGCUGGGUGCGGGUGGUCGCCGAGCUGAGCGGGGAGAGCCUGAGCCUGACGGGGGACGCCGCGGCGGCGGAGCCCGAGCCGGCGCUGGGGCUGGCGGCGGCCGCCUUCAACGGCCUCCCGAACGGCGGCGGCGCCGGCGACUCGCUGCCCGGGAGCCCGAGCCGCGGCCUGGGCCCCCCGAGCCCGCCCGCGCCGCCGCGGGGCCCGGCGGGGGAGGCGGGCGCGUCGCCGCCCGUGCGCCGGGUGCGGGUGGUGAAGCAGGAGGCGGGCGGCCUGGGCAUCAGCAUCAAGGGCGGCCGCGAGAACCGGAUGCCGAUCCUCAUCUCCAAGAUCUUCCCGGGGCUGGCGGCCGACCAGAGCCGGGCGCUGCGGCUGGGCGACGCCAUCCUGUCGGUGAACGGCACGGACCUGCGCCAGGCCACCCACGACCAGGCCGUGCAGGCGCUGAAGCGCGCGGGCAAGGAGGUGCUGCUGGAAGUCAAAUUCAUCCGAGAAGUAACGCCAUAUAUCAAGAAGCCAUCAUUAGUAUCAGAUCUGCCAUGGGAAGGUGCAGCUCCCCAAUCACCAAGCUUUAGUGGCAGUGAAGACUCUGGUUCUCCAAAACACCAGAACAGCACCAAGGACAGGAAGGUCAUUCCUCUCAAAAUGUGCUUUGCUGCUAGAAACCUAAGCAUGCCGGAUCUGGAGAACAGAUUGAUAGAGCUACAUUCUCCCGAUAGCAGGAACACAUUGAUCCUACGCUGCAAGGAUACAGCCACCGCACACUCCUGGUUCGUAGCUAUCCACACCAACAUUAUGGCUCUCCUCCCACAGGUGUUGGCUGAACUCAAUGCCAUGCUUGGUGCAACCAGUACAGCAGGAGGCAGCAAGGAGGUCAAGCAUAUUGCCUGGCUGGCAGAACAGGCAAAACUAGAUGGUGGAAGACAACAGUGGAGACCUGUUCUCAUGGCUGUGACUGAAAAGGAUUUGCUGCUUUAUGACUGUAUGCCAUGGACAAGGGAUGCCUGGGCAUCACCAUGUCACAGCUACCCUCUUGUUGCCACAAGGUUGGUUCAUUCUGGCUCUGGAUGUCGAUCACCCUCCCUUGGUUCUGACCUCACGUUUGCUACCAGGACAGGCUCUCGGCAGGGCAUUGAGAUGCAUCUCUUCAGGGUGGAGACACAUCGGGAUCUGUCGACCUGGACCAGGAUACUCGUUCAGGGUUGCCAUGCUGCUGCUGAGCUGAUCAAGGAAGUCUCUCUAGGCUGCACAUUAAAUGGCCAAGACGUGAGACUCACUGUCCACUACGAAAAUGGGUUCACGAUCUCCAGGGAAAAUGGAGCCCCCAGCAGCUUGCUAUACCGCUACCCCUUCGAAAGGCUGAAAAUGUCUGCUGAUGACGGCAUCAGAAAUCUGUAUCUGGAUUUUGGUGGUCCUGAGGGAGAACUGACCAUGGACCUGCACUCUUGUCCGAAGCCGAUUGUAUUUGUGCUGCACACGUUCUUGUCGGCCAAAGUCACGCGCAUGGGACUGCUUGUAUGAGCAGCAAGAAUCAGAAAAGAGCCUUGAAUGUCACAAGAAGUAUUUUCACCUCAAAAAAAAAAAAAAAUAGCACAAUAAGAAAGCUCUUUGCUCUCCUCCAGCACAGUGCCUUGACAAGGACCUGCGAAUCACUGCUGAACCCCAACCACGUUUAAAGAGGAGCCUGCCUUUCACAACCUACCGUGGCCAGAAUUUCUAGGCUCUAAUGAGCUCCAAAAUGAAGCUGUUGACUUAUUGUUAGUUUCCUAAUGUGGUUUCUAAGUAAUUGGGUUUAAUUCUCCUGUUAAGAAGGUGGCUCAUUGUUUUUCUUUAUGGACAUAGUAAAAUAUACAAGAAGUGGGGUUUUUUCUUCUUCCUGUAGGAUUUAUUUCAGACUAAGCUUUGAUCUCUUGCUUAGGAAGACUGUCUCUUCCCAGGUGCUAGUUUCCAGCAGCCCCUGCUUCUUGGUCAUUCCAGAUACGUUGUACGUUGUGAUGGAGUUUACUGUGUGCACUUGCUCCUCCCGCCCUAGGAAGUCCUCGAAUUGUAUCACCAAAGCGCUCUUCCAUGUGUCCUGGCUCUCGCUGCGUCCCUCCACCCCCCGCCAUCCCUUCCCACUGCACCACCAGCUUUGCCAUUUCUCAGUGCUAACAUUAGGACUUAGAACUUGCAGAAUUUGAUUUGCCUUGCCUUCCACUCCCUUUCUGGUGGUGACCAAGUUGAAGAGCAAGUCAGAACCACUGCAUUGAAAGAAAAUACUUGUUUGAGAGUUUUCUGAUUUUACUUUUGGUAGGAGCCAGGGGAUGUGGUAAGAUUUAUUUUAAAAGAAAAUCCUUAUUUUAUUUUUUCCAUGACCUAAUAAUUGAUACUUGCUUUAAUGAAAAAAUCCUCAUGUUAGCCUAAGCCAUUUUUUAUUGCUUACCAAAUGUGCCUUUGGUUGGGGUUUGUGGAGCUUUAUUAGUCACUAUUUGAAUAACUGGAUAUCACUGCCAUCCCAGGGAGGUCAUCUGUCCUGGUGUUAGAACAGCCUGCGGCAGCUCUCCUUAGUGCUGUCUUUUCUCGUGGGCAGACAUAGUUGAGAAAGAUACAGCCUGAAGAGCAAGCUUGUUUCAAGAGGAGAAUUUGUGGGUGAAGCCAGCUUUGUAGCACAAACAAAUUGUCGAGUUGCUUUAGGCUCUGUUCCCCCAUGUAGAACCCUGGCCCUAGCCCUCUCCCCUUGUGGCAGCAGAGUGGUGUGGACAAGCAGCUGCUAACUCAAGACUCAGUGUAGCUUAGUAACCCAUUCUCCAGUGGGCGGGGUGAGGAGACCAUGGACGGAGGCCUGGGUUUUGCUAAGCACUGCCAGAUGUCAUCAUUAGGACACAUGACAGUAAGAUCGCUGAUUUUGUGGUACUGGAGAAUACACGCAGUUAUUUAUAAUCAUGAAGGAGGUGCAUAUCUGAAACCAUUUAAAAUAGUGUAAUAGUUGUAUAAGAUGUCAACUUUAGUACAGUCCCUGGAACUGAAAGAGAAGGUAAUAGUGAGUUGGCUGUUCUCCGUGUUCUCUGAAGAAGGGUCUGGGGUUAGUUCUCAUUUACUGUGUUUAUCAGGAGUGCCUAGAGGAUGUGAGCACUACAGAGGGUGGAGGCGGGCAGCACUCCCAACAGGAAAAGAAAGCACAGCGGUGUGUGCAGCACACAGCUAUUUGGUGUGAGUGCAGACUGACACAGGUGGGAUGUGAAAGAACCCACUCGAGUUGGAAGUUCUAGUUAGACGUUGUGAGCCCAUUGUCUUCACUCCUUCCCGUGUUCAGUGAGAUUAACCACAGGCAGAGGCUGGGGAGAGAGAUCUGUUCUUCCUCACCACCGGUCCCAAAAAUGAACUGUCUAAUCCACUUAAAACUGGAAAUUGAAAUCUAGACUAGACUACGUCUUUCAAGAGCUUUUUAUGUUUUGAAAAUUCACAAGCCCAAGUUUGGUUCCAUCUGGAGUAAGGUGACAAGUUAGGAAAGAAAAAAAAAUACCUUGAAGGUCCAGCUGUGAUUUCUGGAAGAAGAAUUUGAAUACAUAACCCUGAGAUAGGGAAGCUUAGACAUUCUUUGCAGUGAAAGUAUUUAUCUGAGAAGAUGAACGAUGUAAUCACAGACUUUUGCAGCAAAGCCAUUUGGUUGAGGUUUUCUAUUAGUGUGAAAGGCUAAGCCACUGAAAAGAUUUUCAGGGGGAACUUCUGAGCCACCUGCUCAAUGGUUAUAUGAAAAGAUCUGUAAAAAAGGUGUAAUUAAAACGUGGGAAGGAGAGGUAAGGCGGGUGUGCACUUCAACCCUUUUGUUCAAGCUUAAACUGCCAUGGAUAGCCCCAAGGUCCACAGGGUUUUUAAUAUUUAAUAGGGUUUUGAGUCUUGAUGUGGAGUGAAAUUGAUGGGAGGUUUCCUGUGAUCUCUUGCUCCCCCAAGAGCAAGAGCCCUUAGGCUGCUUGUUUAACAAACUUCAGCAGCUUUCCAAUCAUGGAUGACCAGGUUGUUCUUCGAUUAAGUGUGUUUGUGGGAUUUUCAAACCACAAAUGAAGUACUUUUUGUGAAUGAGACAGCCUUGAUAAAUAUGUGUGUAUUUUCGACCCACAGUUGGGAAUAUGAGGAGGGCUGACUCUAUCCACUGCUCUGCACUGUAUUAUAUAAGGGACUUGCACAUCCGUGGAUUUGGGUCCUGGACCCAAUCCCUAGUGAACACCAAGCAACGACUGUAGCUAAGGUUUUAGGGAGCCAAAGUUAAUUCGUGGGUUUUCGACGGCCUGGGGAGCUGGCACCCCUAAUCCCCACGUUCUCCAAGGAUCAGUUUGUACUUUGUAUUUAGAUGCCAAAAUAUGGCAAAUUAUUUUCAAAUGAAUAGCUAAAAAUAGGCAUUUUUCAUAUUUCACAUCUUUUACAGAACAGCUAAUUUUUCAUUUCUUUUUUAUUCUGAAUUAGGAAAAUUAUUGAGAAUGUUGUGGGCUUCCAUGUGUAGAAUGUAAAGGAAUUGCAGAGUAUUGUCCCCCUCAUUCUGAUGGACCACUUUCAGUGCCCCCCAGGACCUGGGCCUAGACAUCUUCUCCAUAUUCCACACAGAUGCCUAUCAAAGAAAAGGCUCAGUUACUAUUUUUCUGAAAAAGCAAAUCUGCCCUUAUCAUGAGAUCCAGUUCCAGUUUUUGUUUCCCUCCAGUAUGGGGCUGCGUGUUACCUGUAAACCUAUCAGGUGGGUGCAGCGUGUUAAGACCUUGGUUCCCAGAGAAUCGUUCCCUUUUGGUAUCAGACCCGAGGUCUUUUCGCAGAUAAUGCGGUGGACACUGCCCAUGAAGCCUUCCAUUGGGGCUCAUCUCUGCAAACUGGUUUGUGUUCGGUCCCACACAACUUGCAUUGUUGUUAAGCAUUAAGACUUAGCUGGAGUAAUACUUCUACAAAUUAUUAAAGUAUGUGAUAUCCUGGGGUUUUCUUCUUUUUAGAACCCUGUAUUUAAACAAGACUUCUUUGUGUUUAAAAGCUUCAAACCUUCUGGCAUCACUAGACUACCAAAUUGAAAUCCGUGCAUAAAACAGGGCAGUAUUUGUGUUCCUAAUUAAAAGAAGAAAAAAGCUUUAUGUAUGUGUACUCUGCAAAUACAAAUGCAUAGACAACACUUUCCCUUGAGUUGCACAUCGACAUAUAGCAUUGUAUAUUACAAUGAAAGUUUGUAACUUAAGGGUAUUAUAUAUAUAAAUACAUAUAUACCUUUGUAACCUUUAUACUGUAAAUAAAAAAUUGCUUUUAGACUUGUA